CCAAAAGUAUCCAACAAGGGAGCAGACUGAAGACACUUUGCAGUGACUCAAUGAGCAAGCCCCCAAGUCAACCAACCCUAACGCUCCCCCGGCCCUCCUGGCGGCGAUCCCCUCCGCUCCCGACGUCGACCUGGCCCUCGGCCGUCCUCCACUCCUCGCAGCGUCCUCAAAUUUUGGGUGUGCCGGUGCCCACCCGGCACACCAUUUAGAUCCGCCCCACCCGAGGUGCGCUCGCACCUUGUUGGAUUGAAGCAUCGAUGAUGAGUGGGAGGAAGAAUGCCGGCAAGGCCUCGCCCUGCUUGCUCAUCCUUAUCUCGGUCGGCUGCUUCUUUGCGACCUACAACUUCUUGACAAUGGUGGGUUACGGCCGAGGCCGAGACGGGCCGCGCAAAUUGCUCGGCGGCAGCGGUCGUGAUCAGGACAGUACUGUCUCGUUCGAAUCCGGCUCGGAUCCGUCGAAGAGGUUCCACGUCGCCCUUACAGCGACGGAUGCGCUGUACAGCCAGUGGCAGUCGCGGAUAAUGCACUACUGGUACAAGGAGAUGAGAGGCAGGCCUGGCUCAGAUAUGGGCGGCUUCACGCGGAUCCUCCACUCUGGAAAACCAGAUGGUUUGAUGGAUGAGAUACCCACCUUAGUAGUUGACCCCCUACCUGAAGGCGCUGAUAAGGGUUACAUUGUCUUAAAUAGGCCUUGGGCAUUUGUCCAAUGGUUGCGAAAAUCAAACAUCAAGGAGGAGUAUAUACUUAUGGCUGAGCCAGAUCACAUCUUUGUGAGGCCUUUGCCAAACUUAGCUAAUGGUGAUGAACCAGCCGCGUUUCCGUUUUUCUACAUCAAACCAACUGAUAAUGAGAAGAUACUAAGGAAGUUCUUUCCUGAAGAAAAAGGCCCUGUCUCAAAAAUCGAUCCUAUUGGCAACUCGCCAGUGAUCAUCAAGAAGGCCCAGCUUGAGAAGAUUGCUCCAACAUGGAUGAAUGUUUCGUUAAAAAUGAAAGAGGAUGUGGAGACAGACAAAGCUUUUGGAUGGGUCUUGGAAAUGUAUGCAUAUGCUGUUGCAAGUGCAUUGCAUGGUGUGCACCACAACCUUCGUAAAGAUUUUAUGAUUCAGCCUCCAUGGGACCUGAAAUCGGAUAACACGUUCAUCAUCCAUUAUACUUAUGGAUGUGAUUAUUCAUUAAAGGGUGAACUGACUUACGGAAAAAUUGGAGAAUGGCGUUUUGACAAAAGAUCUUAUCUGCGUUCACCACCACCAAGAAAUCUCUCAUUACCUCCUCCAGGAGUUCCUGAAAGCGUGGCCACCCUUGUGAAGAUGGUUAAUGAGGCCACUGCAAACAUUGUAGGAUGGGACGAAGAAAGAUGAUGGACGAUUUUGCUGGAGAGGGGCUUUAGUCCAGCUGAUGCUGGAGUAGAAUCAAAAAAUCUCAGUGGACAAUAACACAACUGCAUCCAAUUCGUGUUUCCCCUUUGUAAAGGACUAGCAGCCAUUCAACCCCCUCCACCUCCCUCCCUUUUAUAUAGGCCUUUUUUCUUUCUUUCACAGGAUGGCUGUUAAGUGCAAAUAUUUGCAAAAUCCCACCUGGUAGUUUAACCAUACUUGCUGAUCAAGAAAGAAAUUGAAUCCAGGAACUCGUGCAUCCUAA